UUCGUCGCGAUAGAGUCUGACCAUCUACCCCUCUCCUCCGCGCCCCUCGCACCGUCUGUCGCAUCGCCUCUCGCGCCGCCUCUCGCGCCGCCUCUCGCACCGCCGCGCCGCCUCUCGCACCGCCGCGCCGCCCCUCGCACCGCCGCGCUGCGCCGCCUCUCGCCCCGACAUCGUCCCCUCGCACCUGCCCGCCAUGGCCUCCCACGACCCCCGGCCCAGCUCGGAGCCGCCAGCACCCACGUCGACGCCCGGCCUGUCGCGCUCCAACUCGGUCUCCAACAGCUCAUACCACGAUGACUCGGAAGACGACACGGCCUUCUUCCCGCCCGUCGAGCGCCUGACCGUGUUCGACUUCAUCGAGAACAUGGCCCUCACCGAGCGGUUCGACAAGCUGCAGGCCUCCAUCUCCUCCCAGACCGCUAGGCUCAAGAGCCAGGCCAAGGGCCGCGGCAUCACCCGAGACCGCGUCGUCGACGAGUGGCGCAGGCGCGUGCCCACCGAGGGCGAGCAGCUCGAGCGCUACAAGAGGCGCGUGCGCAAGUCGGUCGACCGUCUCAACGCUCGCUUCAACGACUCUCUGACCGUGACCGCACGCGAAAAGGCCUCCUUCAUCGCCGCCGUCCUGAACAUCUUCGUCUCGGGCUACCUCGUUGGCCUGCAUCCCGACUACUUUCCCCACUGGUACACGGCCCAGCUCCUCUGGUUCAUGCCCAUCCGCUACCACACCUACCACAAGAAGGGCUACCACUACUUCCUGGCCGACCUGUGCUACUUUGUCAACAUCCUCGCCGUCCUCAGCAUCUGGGUCUUCCCCCAGUCGAAGCGCCUGUUCAUCUCCACGUACUGCCUGAUCAUGGGCAACAACGCCAUCGCCAUCAUCAUGUGGCGCAACUCGCUCGUCUUCCACUCCAUGGACAAGGUCGUCAGUCUCUUCAUCCACAUCAUGCCCUGCGUCACGCUCCACUGCAUCGUGCACCUCCUCGCGCCCGACUUGCAGAAGGAGCACUACCCAGCCAUCUACGCCAUCCGCCACUCGGUCCCCUCGGACCCGCACCACUACACCCUCCCGCAGAUGAUGCUCUGGGCCACCAUCCCCUACGCCGUCUGGCAGCUGACCUACCACUUUCUCAUCACCGUGCGCCGCCGCGACAAGAUUGCCGCCGGCCGCCCCACCAGCUUCACCUGGCUGCGCAAGUCGUACGCAAAGACGUGGAUCGGCAAGUUUGUCCUCUCGCUCCCGGCCUUUCUGCAGGAGCCUGCCUUUAUGGCCAUCCAGUACUCGUACGCCGUCCUCACCAUGCUGCCCGCCCCGCUGUGGUUCUGGUACCGCUGGGCCAGCGGCGGCUUCCUGACCGUCGUCUUCAUCUGGAGCGUCUACAACGGCGCCACCUUUUACAUUGACGUCUUUGGCAACCAGUUCAAGAAGGAGCUCGACGCCCUCAAGGCUGACAUUGCAAAGUGGCAGGCGAGCCCCGACGCUGGCCUCACGCCCUACACGUCCUUUGAGGCCGGUGCUGAGAAGCAGCUGGGCUACAUUCCUCUCGACGGCAGCACCGCCGUGAAGCCUGCUGCCGAGGCUGAGAAGCAGCUGGGCUGCAUUGCUCCGCUGGAGGGCAGCACCGCCGUGAAGCCUGCCGACGGCGCCGCCGAGAAGCGCAAGUAGAAUUGUACGCAUUGUACGGCAUUUGUUUAUCCAUUUUAUCCAUUUUAUUCCAUUCGCAGUACCGCGCUUCUCUCGCUUCCCUCGCUUCCUCGCUUCCCUCGCUUCCUACAUGUACCCUUUCCUCGCCAUCCACCAUGUCAUGGUUUGCGAAUCAUCUCACAGCAGGCGUUCUCAUCUUCUCCACCGUCUCUUCCCUCGGGCGCCAAUCUAACUACUCGCCGUCCCCCCUCAGACACCAUCUAACUACUCGCAGUCCC